AUGUCUUCCACCUCCCACUUUCCUGACCCUGUCAGCUUCCAGAAGCAGUCCAAUGACUUCCUCGGCUGGCUCACAAGCCGACCUGGCGUACGGAUGAACUCGAAUAUCCGUAUGGCUGAUCUGAGAUCCCUGAAUGCUGGAAGAGGAGUCGUGGCCCAGACCGACAUCCCCGAAGGCGAAGAGUUGUUUGCCAUCCCCCGUUGUCUCAUCCUCUCCGUGCAGAAUUCGAAAUUGCCUGAAUUACUGUCUCAGAACGUCGACGAGCUCGGUCCUUGGAUGUCACUCAUGCUGGUUAUGAUCUAUGAGUACCUUGCAGGAGAGAAGUCUGCUUGGUACCAGUAUUUCAAGGUCCUUCCCAGACAGUUCGAUACUCUCAUGUUCUGGUCUCCGUCCGAACUUCAGGAGCUUCAGGGUAGUGCGGUAGUCGACAAGAUUGGUAAGCAGGGCGCGGAGGAGUCGAUUCUCGAGACUAUUGCACCCAUUGUGCGAGCGAAUCCUUCUAUCUUCCCUCCUAUCGAGGGCGUUUCCUCCUAUGAUGGCGAUGCUGGCACCCAGGCCCUCUUGCACAUUGCUCAUAUGGUGGGCUCCCUGAUCUUGGCCUAUGCGUUCGACAUUGGCAAGACGGAAGACGAGGAUGAAGAUGGUGAUGGUGAUGGCGAAGAUGGAUAUCAAACGGAUGAGGAAGAAGAACAACCGGCCAAGGGAAUGGUACCCAUGGCAGACCUGUUGAAUGCAGAUGCAGACCGGAACAACGCGCGGCUGUUCCAAGAAGAAGACUUUGUUAUGAAGGCAAUAAAGCCUAUCGCGGCUGGCGAGGAGAUCUUCAACGACUACGGCGAACUCCCCCGUGCGGAUCUUUUGAGACGUUAUGGCUAUGUGACAGAUAACUACGCCCAGUACGAUGUGGUGGAGCUCUCUUUGUCCAACAUUUGCCAAGCUGCAGGAUUGAGCAAUGACGAUGUUGAGUCUCAGCCUCCGCUGGAAUUCCUUGCAGAGUUGGACUUCCUUGACGACGGAUAUAUCAUCCCGAGAUUCUCAUCCGAAGAUCCCCUGCCGGAUGUCCUCCCUGACGAACUCCUGCUCCUACUCAAAACCCUGGCCUUAUCGCCGGAGCAACUGGAGCAGCAGAAGUCGAAGAAUAAACCCCCCAAGCUCGCAGUCGGCCGGCCGGAGAUGAGCAUCCUCCAGAAAGCAGUUCAACUGAAAUGCUCCCAGUACGCCACGAACAUCGAACUGGACCAGGGACUCCUAGCCGAGUUGAACCCAAUGGAUGCCACCGGUCCGCUGGAAGGAUCCCAGCGCCGGCUUAAGAUGGCCGUCUCGGUGCGCAUUGGAGAGAAGGAGAUUCUCCAGAAAUUGUCCACUCAGCUGGACCGUUUGCUUUCUACGAAACGGAGUGCCGAUGAUGAAGAAGACUCGAGGAGAACGAAGGCCCAGAGGACGUGA